GCGUCGAUUGUCAUUGUCGUUAAUGUUAAGGUCGGUUAAAAUGGAGUGUGGUUUAAUGCUUGACAAUGUUGAGGUAUACGAAGAUUUACGAAAUCUUGGCUGUUGUCAGCGUUGUUGUUUGCGUUAUUUAGGAGAAAGGAACCCCCAGUCAUACAACUGUGUCAAAGAAACGUUAGUGAAGACAGGACUGCAGAACGACAACGAUUUUGACAAUGGUCCAGACCGAAAAUUUUUUAAGUGUAAUCCGUGCAUAGUUUGUCUUGGACUUAUGCAAGACGAAUUUUCUGCCGACGAUACUGUGCAGAAGAUUGUUGCUGGUGUUGAAAAAGCGUCAUACGACUGUGAUAUUUUUACUUGUGCAUUGUCACUACCUAUUACUUUUCAACUUAGAGCUCAUUCUCUGUGGUUGCAUUUGGCGGACAAGUUUCCUGUGCCUUUUGCUUUACGAGAACUUCAUCAAGAGAAGCAUGUGAUAUCCGUAAAAGAAGCUUGGAAAUGGACAUUUGCUCCGCUCAUAGCGAAAUCUAUAAAUAAAGAACUUGAUUCAGGAGUGAAAUCUAAUUUCUUUGUCGGUGUUAAUAUGGUUUACUCUGGUGAUGAAGAUGAAUGUUCUUGCUUAUUGGAGAUGCAUGCAGAUGUAUUUAAGAUCCGUAGAGCCCAGAAACGUAAAUAUCAUGGAAACCUAUACACACGGAAAGCAGUUGAGUUAGCACUGCAAACUACAGAGGCAGCUCAUUUCAAACAGUUCUUCCCAUCACCACCACCAGUACCAACUGCACCAGUUACUUUUGACAGCAUUACAUGCACACAUAAUUCAUUAUUCAUUGCAGGUCGCUACAACAAGUUUUCACGAACAUUGAGCCAGACACCCUGGGUUAUUGAUGGCGAAAGAAGAAUUAAAUCUUCAGUGCAAGAAAUCAUCUCUGAGAACCUUCAGGCUGCCAGUAAGGCAGAAGGAAUUAAGUUCUCAGCGUCAGGCCGUGAAGAUGUGGAUGUCAGGACACUGGGACGAGGGCGACCAUUUGUUUGUGAGUUAUUGAACCCUCACAGGGUGAAGUUCAUUGCAGAACAGGUGCACAGUUUGGAAUGUGACAUCAACAAGAGUAGCAAGGAAGUGGCUGUCCGUGACCUGCAGAUAGUUCAGAGAGAUGAGUUGGUGAACUUGAAAGCAGGCGAAGAGAAGAAAACUAAACGUUACAUGGCUCUGUGCAUCUGCUCUGAUCCAAUAGAAUCAAGAUCUUUGGCAGAACUUAGUAACAUUAAAGAUCUUACUUUGAGCCAAAAGACACCAAUCAGGGUACUACACCGACGACCACUAGCAACUCGCUCCAGAAUAGUUCAUUCCAUGAAAGCAUGGCUACUUGAGAACCAAACAAAACUCUGUAAGAAAGAAAAUGUGACCCUGUUCAAAUUGGACAUCAAGGCCCAAGCUGGAACUUACAUCAAGGAAUUUGUGCAUGGAGAUUUUGGCCGAACACAGCCAAGCCUUGGCCAGCUACUUGGGGGAGUUUAUGUAGAUAUAUUGGCAUUAGAUGUACAGGACAUAGAACUUGACUGGCCACCAGCUAUAGACUAUGCUCAAGGAUGACUAAACAAGAUGGAGCUGCUCAGUGAAGUACAUGAUAGAGCCAAGGGGGACAGGAAGAAAUGCCACAAAGCAGUAUAGGUGCUUGCGAGUCAUACAAAAAUAAAUUAGGAGAUAUUUACACUCAUCACUGUAGAUAUCCUCUGCUUCUUUAAGAGAGAGUGAGCAUGUUAGCUGAAACAAGAACAUGUUUCAUGUAUACAUAGUAGGGACCUGGCAUGUGUCAUUGCCAGGUCACUGAGUAUGUUGAUUAAGGGUCAGUGCCUUUCCUCAGUCCAUCAGGUGACUGUUGAUAUAUUAUCUUUAAAAUAGACCACAACUUGUUCCAUUCAAUUCUUUCCAUUUUACUGUAUGAAACAAUCAUCUGACUGUACUUAAUAUCAUAUAAGCUGAUGAAGAAAGCAGUCUUCUGGGAUUUGGCACCGUGUAUAUGUGGUGUUAACCGACGUUUCGGAGGAACGUAUC